CUUAUCCGUGACUAUAUUCGUCACUUCAUGGACCAACAAGUACCAUUACCGCUAUCCAGCGACCUGCCUCUCUUCAAUUGGGAGGAUUUCCGUCGAAGCACAUCGUUACCCGAACACAGCCGCCCAUUAUUACAGGAGUCCGCGAGAGCUGACAUCACCUCAUUGCUCUCAGCCCGCUCCUAUCCCCUGCCCGAAUCAUUUAACUCACAAAAUGCUCAAAGUGGUACGCCAUCACCCAGUCCUAGCGACUUCGCCCUUGAGCUUGCAUCUCCCUUGAGCCGGACGAACACAAACCAAACACCCGUCUCUAAACCGACGACACCACGACCGCAAAAACGACAGCGACGUGGACCUCAGAAGGCCGCACCAGCGAAGGACUGUGGAGCCCCCCAAGGAGUUAGUAAUAGUAAGGACAAUACUGAAGAGCGUCGUCGCAUACAAACUCGCAUGGCGCAACGUGCAUAUCGUUCACGACAGCAAGCCUCAGUCGAAGGCCUCAAAAGCCGCAUCUCACUUUUGGAGACCUCAAUUGAGAGAAUGAGCUCUGCUAUGCUAUCAUUUAGUGAGCAGCUAGUCCAAAGUGGAGUGCUUAGGUCACACUCUACUCUGACAGCGAAUUUACGUGACACGAUGAAGAUCUUCCUUACCAUGGCGUCAGGAGGAAGCCUGGACGACGAGAUCAGGGUCCCGGUUGACUCUAAUAAGACAAUUGACUCACUACCAGCCUCACAACAACUCACAAUCAACCGCCCGUCAUCCAACAUUCCCUUCCACCUGCCCCUAGACGGCACUAAAUUAUCUCAUCCAAACAGUGCUGUCCUGCCAUAUACCGUCAAUUCACCGGGAAUGCCGAUUCUAGAGGUAUCCGCAUUCAGCAAAAGGCUGCUCCUAGCAGCUCUCUACCAGGGAUAUCUCGCUCUAUGCAAUCCAUCUAUCAGCUUGGAUCAACUCCAAAGGCCCUUUGGGCUCAUUUUUAGUAUGAUGAACCGCGAACGCCUGACAUCUUACUUCAAAGCGGAAUUAUAUGCUCAAGUAAGCCAAAAGCCGCUGGACGGAUGGGAGGAAGUCCCCUUUUUUAGGUUAGGGGGUGCGGGAACGCAUUAUCCCGACGGGGACACGGGUGCAUUUAUCCCUCAUUACCAGAGAUGGGGCACCGUUGAGGACCCCUUAUCACUGGUCACGGUAGAUUCACGGAAGCAGCUAGAAGGGGAUUGGUUUAACUUGCAAGAUCUGGAGGGGUAUCUUCGAGACAAGAAUGUCCUCCUGGUUGCGUCGGCCGGUGAGCCAACAAGACGCUCGAAAGUGCAGACCAAUAUCAAUGUAAGUCUGUCCCUGGUCCUUAGUGAAUAUAUUAUCCUGACCUUUGUAGCGUUGAUCAGCAGAGGAGUUUGCCUUGGUCGGACACCUGGGUUUCAACGCGAUGAUGUGGAGGAGGCCCUGCACUUUUCGGCCAUUGUGUGA